AUGUCUAACCGCAAGACCAUGACCAAGUCUCUAAAACGCAAACACCAGCACGACGAACCCCAGGCAAAAGGCACCAUGCUCCGGCUCCACGCGCCCCUCGCGCGCGCCGCCACGACCCUGGACAGAUCCCUCUUCGCCAAGACGCUCAGUCUGGCCGCCGCCACAGUGCAGGACAACCGCAACAUUGCGCGCCUCCGAAAGCAGCUCACCAAGGGCCGUGAGCUGCUCGAGUGGGAGAGGCUGAACGCCUGCAAGCCUGAUCCUGUCGAGGCGGGCAAGAAGUGUCUCCUGCUGAAGGAGGGUGUCAAGGCUGACGCUCCUUCGACAUGGGGACCUCUGCUGCAGGCGGCUGUCGAGGCCCAGGAGGUGUCCGUCAUUCCCUAUGAGCUUCAGCUCGACUACGAUUACUGGUCGUACCUGGAUGUCAUCAGCUCGAUCCUCCCAGAAGACCUUCACGGAGAGAUCCCCGUCGGUUUCAACACGGCCGGUCACAUCGCUCAUCUCAACCUCCGCGACCGGUACCUCCCCUACAAGUCCAUCAUUGCGCAAGUCAUCCUCGACAAGAACCCCAAGCUGCGCACCGUCAUCAACAAGACGGACAAUGUCGGCACCGAGUCCGAGUUUCGCACGUUUGCCUACGAGGUCCUCGCCGGCCCCAACGACAUGGACGUCGAGGUCAAGGAGAACGACUGCACGUUCCAGUUUGACUACUCCAAGGUCUACUGGAACAGCAAGCUCGAGACGGAGCACUCGCGCCUGAUCCGCCUGUUCCAGCCGGGCGAGGUCGUCGCCGACGUCAUGGCGGGCAUCGGCCCCUUCGCCAUCCCCUCGGGCCGCAAGGGCGUCUUCGUCCUGGCCAACGACAUGAACCCCGAGAGCUACAAGUGCCUCGCCGCCGCCAUCGCCCGCAACAAGGUCGGCCCGUACGUCCGCGCCUUCAACCAGGACGGCCGCGCCUUCAUCCACGCGGCGGCGCGCCUCGUCCGCGAGCCCGCGGCGCGCGCGACGACGUCGUCCUCCGCCCCAAGACCCUCGGCCACGACCUUUGUCCGCCAAUUCCGCGGCCUCUACCACGACCACGAGGCCCUCUUUGCGCCGCACACCCCCGCCAAGCUGCCCCUCGUGCACGUCCACUGCUUCGCCGUCAAGCAGGACGACGACGUGCCGCUCCUCGACAUUUGCGACCGCAUCUUCCGCGAGAUUGGCGUCCGCUUCAAGCCCGGAGACGCCGAGAACGACGGCGAAAUGUCCAUUUACAACGUCCGCGACGUCGCCCCCAAGAAGCGCAUGUUCUGCGCCUCCUUCCGCAUCCCGCCCGAGGUGGCCUUUGCCUCUGAGACGUCCUAA